AUCUUUAAUAACUCGCUGUUUGGGUCAGUAAUACAGCGGUGUUUAUACAGUAGAUCUGGUGAUAAUGGAGGGCUGUGGUUCGGUUCUCAGUCAGAAUUAAGCGCUGAAGGUUGAACUGGAUCUGUGAGGGUGUGGCACGACUCCACACCCGUGGGUUCGGACAGGGCAGGGCUGGGCUCUGAUGGUGAUUAUUCAGGAUGCCGGGGAUGAUCGUGUUCGGGAGACGGUGGGGAAUCGCGAGUGAUGAUCUGGUUCUGCCCGGAACCUUCGAGCUCUUCGUCAGACUCAUAUGGUGGGUGGUGACUCUGGUUCUGUACCUGAACCACAGGGGGCGCUUCGACUGUCCGGGCGGCGUCAUCCUGCACACCUACCUCAUCGUGCUCCUGGUGCUGCUCGGCGUGGUGAUCUUCACCCUGUGCGCCAUCGUUUACGUCAGCGCUCAGGGUACCAUCAUGAACCCGGGUCCUCGCCGCUCCAUGCCGGCGCUGGUGUACCUGCGGGCGCUGCUCUUCGUUCCCGAGUUCAUGUGGGCGUGUCUCGGGGCCCUCUGGGUGUCCAACAGCAGCGGGGGGUGCAAACCGGCCGACGUGGGGAUCAUACUCGGCGCUGUGGUUGCCAGCUGGAUCAUCCUGCUCUUCAUGGCGGUGGGCGUGCUGAUCGUGUUCGACCCGCUGGGCAGCCUGCGCAGGCCGGCGGCGGCGGCGGUUAGCGAGCCGGCGGCGCUGAGGGAUCUGGAGAGCAGCGAGUCGUCGCAGCUCUUUUACACGGCGCGCUCGUUAGCCGUCAGGGUCUGGGAGAGCCGACUGAGGCUGCUCUGCUGCUGCCUGCCGCAGGACAACAACCACCGGGCGGCGUUCUCCAGCAUCGCCCAGCUCUUCGGCGGCUUCUUCUCGGACACAGAUCUGGUACCCAGUGACAUCACGGCAGGUUUGGCUCUUCUGCAUCAGGAACAGGAUAAAAUGCAGCAGGUCCACGACCCUGAGGAGGAGGUUCUGUCCCACAGCCCCUCGUCCCCUAUAAGAGAAGAUCUGGAGGUGGAGCUGGAGAAAGCUGAACACUGUAUGCGUUUCGCUCUGGCUGCGUACGGCUGGCCCGUCUACGUCUAUUCCAACCCUCUCACUGGAGCCUGCAAACUGGCUGGAGACUGCUGCCGUAAUCGGAACACAGACUACGAUCUGGUGGGGGGCGACGCCCUCGGCUGCCACUUCAGUGCCAUCCUGCAGAUGACCGGGCUGCAGUACAGAGACUUCAUCCACGUCAGCUUCCAUAACCAGAUCUACGAGAUCCCGUUCUUCGUGGCGCUGGAUCAUAAAAGAGAAGCCGUGCUGGUGGCGGUGAGGGGAACCCUGUCGCUGAAGGACGUAUUGACGGACCUCUCUGCAGAAUGUGAAGACCUACCUGUCGACGGCGUGUCAGGAGCCUGUUAUGCACACAAGGGCAUCGCUCAGGCAGCUGGUUACGUUUACAAGAGACUCAUCAACGACGGCAUCCUGAGCCAGGCCUUCAACAUCGCUCCUGAGUACAGACUGGUGAUUACAGGACACAGUCUCGGCGCUGGUACCGCCGCCCUGCUGGCUGCUCUCCUGCACAGUAACUACCCCACGCUGCAGUGUUACGCCUUUUCUCCACCAGGGGGCCUCAUGAGUAAAGCGCUCGCUGAUUACUCCAAGCAGUUUGUGAUCUCGGUGGUUCUGGGAAAGGAUCUGGUACCCCGGCUGAGCAUCCCAAACAUGGAAGAUCUAAAACGGAGGAUAUUAAAGAUGGUUUCUAACUGCAACAAACCAAAGUAUAAGAUUCUCAUGCACGGCUGCUGGUACGAGCUGUUCGGAGGAACUCCAGAUGAUUUUCCCACUGAACUGGAGAACCGAAGAGAGGAGGAACUGGGUCGACCCUUACUGGGAGAGGAGAGCCUGUUAGUGCAGGGAUCCACAUCCUAUCAGAGCCUGUCUUCAGAUGAUUCACCCUCCCAUCCCACCCACCUCCCCCUGUACCUGCCCGGCCGCAUCAUGUACAUCACAGAGGAGGGGCCGUCACGCAGGCUGUGUUUCUCUCAGGUCCGCUACAGAGCCGAGUGGGCGAGCGCGACCUCGUUCCGCAGUGUUCUGAUCAGUCCCAGGAUGCUUGUCGACCAUAUGCCGGACGUGGUGCUCCGGGCCCUGCGGACCCUGACCAGCGAGAGUCGUUUUCCUCUGUGCCCUUCGUCUACCAGCAACACUCACCUGAACGUCAUCUGAGCUCCUCUGCGUCCGGCUCUGAUCCUCGGUACGGACUAUAGUGAGCGCACCACGGGGCCCCGAGGGGCCGUCUGUGCUUCAGGACUUCCAGUUUUUUUUAGAGCCGUUCAGCUCGUUUAGAUUUUAUUUAUAUAUUUUGUGAUUCGCUGUUCCUCACUCGGCUGGUCAUGAUGGUUGAGUGUCCGGUGUCCGCGGCUCCGUCAGGUUUAAUAAUGAGGGUCGUGGCUUUAGUUUCGUUGUUAUUAGAGACGCUCGUGAUCACUCGUUCGAGCAUGUUAAGGGAAUCAGGAGACGGUGUAGUGGUGCUGUUGUGUUCUGUGCUGGAGGUUUUGGAAGGCAGGGGUGGUAGUGCAGUGCGUAGCCACACUGGACGCCCGGUUAGAGAUCAGAGCAGCGUAUAAAUCCAGUGUGAUUUAGAUGCAUGGCACUGUUGUUGCAUGAGAAGAUCAUUUACUUUAAUACAUUUAAUAAACGGCACUGAGAAUCAUCUAAAUCCGUUUGCUUCUGUUAUCAGUAAAUCACGUGACUCCAGCGGUAAGAAAGUAAAACACAGCGGCCUAAUGAGAGUUUUUCCUCUAUAAGAAGAGUACUAUAAGACGUUGUAGUUCACACUUCAUCAAAUCACUUACUUAUUAAUGUUAUAUUGUGUUUACAUGGACAUGCAUCAGGCCAGAUGCCUACACAGUCAUGAUUUGCUCAUAAGUGCUGCAGUUGCGCCCUCUGCUGGCUGAUCGAUGGUGCUGCACAGAGACGUGCAGGUGAAAAGAAGCGGUCGGUACUGCACACGUGUCGGAGGGGGCGUGUGUUAGUCACCCUGACCCUCCUCGAUCAGGAGUGGAGGUCUGCAGCCAUAGAGGGGAAUUGGAUACGACUAAAUUGGAGGAAAAUUCAACAGACCCGACAGGAGGAAUGUAAACAAUGUAAGCAAGCUCGGAGCGACAGUAUUUUAUUUGAAAUGCCCGUUUGUUUUUAUUAAUUUAUUUGCAAUAGUAAAGACAGUAACGUUUACAAAUGCAGGUUUAAAUUAUUUAUGAUUUUAAACUCUCUCUUUACCGCCAUUCAUGUAAGUCGUCGAGUGUCUAUGGAUAAUAAAUAAAGCCUGAAAUCGCAUUUUAAGAAUGUAAGACAGUUUUAAACGAUCUUAAUUAAAUGAAAUGUUGAAUAUCAGGUGGAGAUGUGAAAUAAAUAAACAGAACAGAA